AUGCCAGGGGCAUUUCCAACCCAAUUCCCAGAAAACGACAUAUCUCCAUCAUGUCUGCAACAGCAACAACACCAACAUCCAAAUGGCAACAUUGCCACUACGAUCUUAGAACAUGAUGAAAUUCACCGAUUCUCUCAAUCUAAAUUCAUAACUACAAAAACGAGAUAUCAACAUAACAUCCUAUCCCAACUCACAACAAUAGUCUACAUACUAUCAGGCUAUCAAGCUAUUAAAUAUUGUUAUUCAUCCGCUUUUUUACCAUUAGCAAUGAAUGUCGUCUGUCAAUUAUUCUUACGGGUAAACAUGAUUGAACAAUCAAAUGAUGCAUUCGAAUUACUUCGAAAUACACUUUCCUCAAGAUUGAAUGAAGAUGAAUUACAUCAUUUCUAUGAAAGUAAGACCCGAUUAUUCUGUCGAAUCAUAUAUACAAAAACAGUGAUUAAUAUAUUGUAUCAUAUUGUGUUUGUGGGCUCUUGGUUAUUUGAGAUUAUUAAUUUAGGGAUUUUGGAUGAAUUGGAACAUGGGUCAGUAUGGGCGAUUUCAUUUAUAGGUGAGUCUGUACCUUCGGUGGAACCUAUGGAUGGAUAUACUACAAAAGUGAUUACAUUAGGAUUACCACAAUUGAUAUUUAUUGAUUUAAUUGUGUUAUUUAUUGAAUUGGUACAAUUUCAAUGUAUUUAUAAACAAUCACCAAUAGCACGACAAGGACAUGAUACUAAUCAAGAAGAAGUGUUUUUGGUAAGACGUGAAGAUGAAAGGGAUAGCGGUGGUAACGUGGACGAUAGUGUGGAUAUAUCUGAAGAGAUACCUAGUGUAUUAAAAGUGCGGUUAUUUGAAUGCUUUGAACCAAGUGGAUAUUUGGAUGAUGUAUGA